AUGGGGGUCCCAACAUUUUGGAAAGAACUGGAAGCGGCGGAAGAGAGGGACACCAUCAUGGGCAUCGCGACGACCAAGUUCCAGAGCUCUCCGGGCGUGAGGGGCUUUCGACUUGGGAUCGAUGCCUCCUUAUGGCUUUUUGUGAGUCAGAUCAUGAUGCGUACGUCCACGACGAAGCUGAGCUUGGCGUACGAGGUCUGGUCGCAGCACAUACGCAAGGUGGCUGCAAUGGAUGCGAGCGAGGUCGGAGCGUGAGUGGCAGUCGCACUGGUCGAUGAGUUGAACGAUGACGACGCCGGAGCACUCGCUCGCUCGCUCAGGUCGAAGCAUCCCGUCAUGGACGGCGGGGGAAAGCAUGUUGGACUGACAUAAGACUCCGACGACCUUGACAGGAAUGCCGAUGUCCGGACCUUCUUCUUUCGGAUCGUCGAACUCCUCUCACAAGGCUGCCUGUUGAUCUUCGUGUUCGAUGGUCCCGGCAAACCGAACUGGAAGCGAGGCAAAAGGAUCGGAGGAGGAGGCCCAGGUUUUGGCAACACCAACAAGAAAGAGGACGUGCUUAUAAGGAGAUUGAUUGACCUCUUUGGCAUGAGGAGGAGGAUCGCUCCGGGGGAAGCAGAGGCCGAGUUGGCGGCGAUGGCGGUUCGAGGCGAGAUUGAUGCUGUUCUGACGGUUAGUGAUACCUUGUGCUCUUUGUUAGCAGGUUCCGGUGUAAUUACUCACUACCUUGAAUGGUCUCAUAGGACGAUGUUGACGCUCUGUUAUUCGGAGCUCCCUUGGUCAGUUCCGGGUUGUCCGCGAUAGAGAAAGUUCAGCCACUAAGUUUUCGAUUUCCACCCUCCAGGUCAUCCGCAACCCUCCCAAGACGGGCAAGUUAGCUGGGCCCACUCCAUCCAAAGCGGAGGAAAGUGCAGUCGAAGAACCAUCUUUGAGAAAGCUCAAGUCCUCUACUACUUCGACAACAACGUCGAAAGACGCCCGCCGAAUCUACACGUCGCUCAAUAUCCUCGACACACUCGAGCUGGACCAAGAAUCUUUGAUCCUCGUCGCAUUGCUCUCGGGGGGUGACUACCACCCGCAAGGGGUUGCGUUCGUCGGUCCUAGGAUUGGUUGCGCCUUAGCGAGAUGUGGGUUUGGUCGUUCGCUCCUUCGAUGCCUCGAGCUCCACCGCGAUGGCUCGGCCGAGCAGAAACAAGCUUUCGCCGAUUGGCGAGCCGAAGUCGCCGAAGAGCUUCGCACCGACACUCGAAAGUUCCUGAUGCGCAAGGCUCCAAAGUUAUCCCAACAACUUCCAGGCCAGACGGACUUCCCCAACCCCGAGAUCGUGCGCCACUAUACCUCACCCAACGUCUCGUCCGGCUUGGACCCUCCCGUGUGGGACACGCCGGUCAACUUGAAGCAAUUGGUGCUCUACUGCUCCGAGAAUUUCGAAUGGGGCAACGCCGACGUACGAGCUCGUUUCCGUAGUCUCGUCUACAAACCUCUCUUGAUGCUCGAGAUCCGACGAAGGGCGUUGUACGACGAUCGAACUGCCGAUCGAAUCGUGCCUGAAGCGCCGUAUCGGUCCGAAUACGAGGGUCCGCUCUUUGCCGAGGUUAGGGACCUCAAGAACGCCGAUUCGACGCAGAACGUCCUUUCGUAUCGUGUGCGACUUGAUCCACUUCCAUUCUCAACGUUGAUCGACGAGGCUUUACCCGCUAUCGAUCCUUACCCCCGCGCUGAAGUCAGUGAGGGUGAUUUCGACGCCGAUGGUUCUUUGAUCAAGCAACGUCGUGCGCUGAAAGACUAUGGCGAUUCAAUCUCCCCUUUCAUGCAUUGGGUCCCUGUCGCUUAUGUCGAGGCCCAUCCUGAUGGACGAGAAGCGGUCAAAAAGUGGGAGGACAAGAAGGCGAACCCUAGUCCGAGAAAGAAGAAGGCACCUAUCAAGACGGUGCCCGUCGUAGCGGCGGCGAAAGGGAAAGGGGCUCCGAAUACGCUCAUGUUCAAAGCGACCAAAGGGGGCGUGGCGAAAGCUCAAGUUGGGAGCAAAGGGAAGGAGAAGAAGAAGGAGCAGGAUCUUGAUGGGGGCAAGACCUUUUUUUCGCCUACUACCUCACCCAUCAAGACCAAAACGAGGCGAACGCUCUUCACAGUCGGAAACGAUCCCGAAUCCGAACCGUUCGUGAUUGACGACGAGGAGGACGAACCUUCCGUGCGCGACAACGAGGACGACAGUGAUGGUGAUUUACCAGACCCCAAAUCGAUUGGGGCUGUAUCAUGGCUACCGCAUAAAGUCAUCGCCACAGCCGAACAUUUGGAGUCGCCGACGAAGAAGAUCAAAGUCGCGCCGCCGCCUACGUUCUUGGUCGUUGAUGAUGAUGAGGGUUCCGAGGGGAGUGGUGGGGAGGAAUUAGAGGUUCGGGAGCUUGGGAAUAUGCCUCCUACCCCGUCGAAAGGUCGGGCUCUGAGACGUGAGGCUCGGAGCGAAGAACGAUGGGGCAAGUGCGAGGUGUUGGAAGUGUCGCCUUGA